AUGUUCCGCUCCGCCAUCGUCCGCUCUUUGAGGGCUUCCGUGCCUCGUGCCAUCAGAACCCCGGUUGCUUCCCAGAUCCGUAGCUCUCCCAUCGCUCGUCCGGCCCAAUUCGCCCCUCGCUUCGCCUACCAGGGCGUCCGCCUCUACUCCGCCCCUGCCGGACUCGACAAGACUGAGGUUGAGGGCCGGAUAGUCAACCUGUUGAAGAACUUUGACAAGGUCACCGAUGCUAGCAAGAUCAACGGCGUCUCUCACUUCUCGAAUGACCUCGGUCUGGACAGCUUGGAUACCGUUGAGGUUGUGAUGGCCAUUGAGGAGGAAUUCAGCAUCGAGAUCCCCGACAAGGAGGCCGAUGCCAUCCACAGCGGUAAGUUUUUUCUGCUCGAUCUGUUUUUGUUUCAUGCAUACACUCGGAAUCGAGGUGUCGUGAAACGUGGAACCGGGAACCUGGAAGACUAUAUGCUCAUCCCUUUGAUUGAAACAGUUGACAAGGCUGUUGAGUACAUCCUUGCUCAGCCCGAUGCCGGGGGCUUGACUCGCCGAAGAGGUGGCGGUCGAGCCACUGGCCCGGACGAGAAUGACGACAGCAGAGUGUCUUCGCCCGUGUCUCGCAAUGGCUCCGCUCUCGACAACCGUGUUCCGGAGACCUCGUUUACCAGCACCGAAAAUGGACAUAAGAUCGCCUUCGAUCCGAGAGAUAUCAGUGAAACCGAGGAGCGGAACAAACAACCCAAGCUGACGCUGAUGGAGGAAGUCUUGCUGCUGGGGCUGAAAGACAAACAGGGGUACCUGUCGUUUUGGAACGAGAACAUUUCCUACGCCUUGCGUGGAUGCAUCGUCAUCGAGUUGGCCCUCCGCGGUCGGAUCAGCAUGCAGAAGGAUUCCUCUCGGCGACGCUUCCCCCUGGCCGAUCGCGUGAUCGAAGUCAUCGACGAUACUCUGACUGGGGAGGUCUUGCUGGACGAGGCAUUGAAAAUGAUGAAGUCGAGCGAGAAGAUGAGCGUGAACUCGUGGAUCGAUCUAAUGAGCGGUGAAACGUGGAAUCUGAUGAAGAUUGGCUACCAACUGAAACAAGUGCGCGAACGUCUCGCAAAGGGUCUCGUCGACAAAGGAAUAUUGCGCACCGAAAAGCGCAACUUCCUCUUGUUCGACAUGGCUACCCACCCCGUCGCCGACGGCGGCGCUAAAGAUGACAUCCACCGUCGAGUCCGCAACAUCUGCAGCAACCGCACCGUGAUCCUACCCCCCAACGCCUGGCUCCCUGAAGACAUUGAAUUCCGGUACCUACGGACAAUCUCGAUGGUGUGCGCCGCCUAUGCGGCCAACGUGCUGGAGAAUGCGCUCGUGACGAUGAGCCACGAGGCUCGCGAGAGAGCAUUUGCCCAGGUGGAUGAGCUGUUGGCCGAGUACUCGCAGUUCCCGUUUGCGCGGAGGCCGGGUGGCUCUCAGGCCAUCGGUGCCAAUUUGGCUCAGGCCAUUAAUGACGAAGUGAACUCGGGUAAAGACAAAGAGCUUCAGUUGGAGAUCGUUGCAGCAUGUUUGAGCGUUUUUACUAGACUUGACUCCCUACUCUAA